ACGAUUUCAUCAUUUCCAGUUCGGUCGUUAAUGAGAUUGGAUGCACGGGGUAUCGUCCUCAUCGUCUUGGUGUGAUUUUAAAUCAUUCAGGAGUUAAGUGAAUAGUGCUAAAUUUAUUCAAUAUAGCAGUAAAGGUGAAAAGUAGAUUUUUUCGCAAAAAAAGUUUAAUUCGAUUGAAGCGAAAAUUUCGCAAAAUCAUGCAAGUGCAACCUCAAAAGUACCAAGGCCUUGUGGCCGAUCUCUUGCCCAAUAUACGGCUCAUGCAGGCAUUUGGGCAUUUUCUCUUUAAAUUUGUGUCUGGACCAGUGAUGUUCCGGAAAAUCUAUUCAUUUACACAUCUGUUCCUGCUUUUGUUUCAAUUUGUGACCAUUAUAUUGAAUCUUGCAUUUACUGCAGGAGAUGUUAAUGAAUUGACAUCUAAUACAAUCACCACACUCUUCUUUACACACAGCAUCACCAAAUUUCUCUAUUUUGGCAUCAACUCAAAGAAUUUCUACAGGACUCUCAACAUUUGGAACCAGUCAAAUACCCAUCCCCUUUUUGCUGAAUCCGAUGCACGAUAUCAUUCGAUUUCUCUAUCUAAAAUGCGGAAAUUGCUUACGCUUAUCGUGACACUCACUAUAAUGUCUGUGACGGCCUGGGUUACCCUAACAUUCUUCGGAGAGAGUGUGAGGCAUAUGACCGACAAGGCAACUAAUGAGACAUACACUAUAGACAUCCCCAGGCUUCCGAUCAAAGCUUGGUAUCCUUGGGAUGCUAUGGGAGGAUACAAGUACAUUCUCUCCUUUGUGUUUCAAGUAUACUACCUGCUCUUCUCAUUGUUCCAAGCAAACUUGGCCGAUGUACUUUUCUGUUCGUGGCUGCUAUUUGCAUGUGAGCAACUUCAGCAUUUGAAGGGUAUUAUGAAGCCCUUGAUGGAACUCAGUGCCACUCUGGAUACUUACAGACCAAACACCGCUGCUCUAUUCCGAUCAAUUUCGGCAAACUCCCAUUCUGAACUGAUUAAUAAUGAAGUUGAAAAGGAUGUAACAGACUUGGAUAUCAGUGGAAUUUACAACUCUAAGGCUGACUGGGGAGCCCAAUUCAAGGCACCGUCUAAUUUGCAGAAUUUCGGUAGCGGUGCCAAUCCCAAUGGAUUGACCAAGAAGCAAGAGCUCAUGGUUCGCACGGCCAUAAAGUAUUGGGUGGAAAGGCACAAGCACGUCGUAAGACUCGUAGCAGCUAUUGGAGAUACUUAUGGUAUCGCCCUUUUGCUUCAUAUGUUAACAUCCACGAUUAAGCUGACUCUUUUGGCUUAUCAAGCUACAAAGAUAAGCAAAGUUGAUGUGUAUGCUUUCUCUGUGAUUGGAUAUCUUGUCUAUGCUCUUGGCCAAGUGUUUCUCUUCUGCAUCUUUGGGAAUCGUCUAAUUGAAGAGAGCUCAUCCGUGAUGGAAGCUGCUUAUUCUUGUCACUGGUACGAUGGCUCAGAAGAGGCUAAGACAUUCGUGCAGAUUGUCUGUCAGCAAUGUCAGAAAGCAAUGACGAUAUCUGGAGCGAAAUUCUUCACUGUCUCAUUGGAUUUGUUUGCAUCGGUUCUCGGUGCUGUUGUCACCUACUUCAUGGUGUUGGUGCAACUCAAGUAAAUUUAUGAUCAAUUCUCUUUUGAUGUAUUUUGACGAGGAAUUGAGAAGUUGAAAAGGGAUAAUAUACGCUUUCAAUUACAUAAGAAAUCAACAAUUUUGAAUUUAAUCAACCAAAUGGAUGAUAUGGAAUAUAUAUUUUAAGUGAUAUGUGUAAUCAAUUGAAUGUGUUUUCUGGCGGGCAUUCACAAUGAAAUAUCACAAGAUAAUAAUUAAAAAAAAAUAGAAUGCACCCAAAAGAAUAGUCAAACAGAUUCAAUAUAAAUGUUAAUUCUAUAGAGAGACAAAAAUGUAUUUUUGUUAGAUGUAAUGUUAAAUAUAUUUUGCAAAUAUAUAUAUUAUUCUACGUUGUUAAA